AUGGCGAACGGACAAGCACAGACUUUAUCAACUUCUAACCCGCAACAGCCCAGAAAAGGCCGGUCACAAGUUGUUCGAUCCUCAUUACCCUACCAGAUACUCCUGUAUCUCAAUGGCUGGUAUUUUGCCUUCUUCUUUGUCUGUGAGAUCUUGCUUUUUGUUUUCAAAGGUCAGACGUUGCCGUAUGCUUCAAAUGUUUUAGCUGCCGAAAUCAUUUUGCUGUUCUUGUUAGCAAUAGUGGAAGCCCUUCGUUUGUUCUUUGGACAAAAGGGCAACCUGACAGAACAGAUUGUUGGUGUGCUAGUGUGUGUGAUCUUGAGUAUCCCCACCGUGUUUGGUGUUCUGUUCUACCUGCUGUGGCAGACGUACGUGCUGCGUGUGGAGAUCAUCCUCACAGCCAUACAACUCUUCUUCAUCGGCAUGGAGUUUAUCUUAAGCAUUAUCUCGAUUAUCACAUUUGCCAAGGGUUCACAGUGA